UGUUUUCAAUUUCAAUUAGCAAAAGGAAUCUCGCUCACAGCGAGAGAGAGUUGGAGAGAGUGUGAGUGAGAGGGAAAGACUACGGACAAACAUAUUAUAUAUAUUUAGAGAGAGAGAGAGAGAGAUAGAGAUAGAGAGAGAGAGAGAGAGAGCGAGAGCGAGGGAUGAAGGACGAAGCCGUGAGCUCCUCACGCGACCCGUUAUUACCCCCGAGAUCUACGUCUCCUCCUCCUAGCCUCACUCACGCUGCCAGUUCUGCUGGGGCAUCAUCUCCUGCUGUUCCCACAAAUGCUGGCAGCUCAGAUGGGCUUGGUCAAGUCCAGAAUUCGAAAGGAGGGUCUCUUUCCCGGAUUGGUUCACAGCCCAUGCACACAUCAUUGAGCACCAGUGCUGGUGGUUCAGCCCUUGGAUCAUCACAGCCUUCUUGCAGGCCCUGGGAAAGGGGUGAUUUAUUGAGGCGUCUCUCAACAUUCAAACCAGCAAAUUGGUUUAGAAAGCCCAAGGCUGCAAGUUCCCUGGCCUGUGCCAGAAAAGGCUGGGUGAAUGUCGAUGUUGAUACAGUUGAAUGUGAAUCCUGUGGUGCAAUUUUGAAGUUUGUUUCAUCAGCUACCUGGACUCCUUCUGAAGCUGAUGGUGCUGGAGAAGAAUUUUCCAAGAAACUUGAUGAAGGGCAUAGGCUUACCUGCCCAUGGACAGGAAACUGUUGUGCAGAAAGUCUGGUGCAGUUCCCACCAACUCCACCAUCAGCACUUAUUGGUGGUUAUAAGGAUAGGUGCGAUGGACUGCUCCAAUUUCCCUCCCUUCCUGUUGUGGCUGCAUCUGCAAUUGAGCAAAUACGGAUUUCUCGGGGCUCAGAAAUUGAUCGUUUGCUGGCCCAGUCUCAGCUUGCACGCAAUGAAUCUGGCAUCAAGCUAGAAAUUUUCUUAGGAACUGAAAACUCCAGAGAUGAUGUCUUCUUCAUAUACUCCCGUGCUCAGAAGCUCAUAAGUCUUUGUGGAUGGGAACCUAGGUGGCUCCCAAAUAUUCAGGAUUGUGAAGAGCAUUCUGCUCAAUCAGCUAGAAAUGGCUGCUCAAUUGGUCCUUCAAAAUAUCGUGCUCCUCCCCGUGAUCCUAGCCGAGGAAAGAAAGCCUUGUCGUCUUCAACAAAAAGGGAUUAUGGUGGAAAUGAAGUUAUAGGAAAUAACUCAAAAGGUGUAUCCAGGUCACCAUUGUUAGAUUGCAGCUUAUGUGGCGCGACAGUGAGACUAUGGGACUUUCUAACUGUCCCACGUCCCUCUAGUUUUGUUCCAAGUAGCACUGAUGGUCCCGAAACUAGCAAGAAGAUGAUAUUGACACGUGGAAUAAGUGCAGCAAGUGGCAUCAGUGGGUGGGUUGCUGCAGAUGGGAUGGAGAAGGAGCAGGCAGAGGACCAUGAUGAAGCUGCAACUGGUGAAGGAAAGUCACUUUCAAAUGUUGGGGUGGAGUUGAAUCUUACAAUGUCUGCUGGAUUGUCCUCAUCGCGGUUGAACAUGAAUGCUACAUCUGAACAGUACCCAUAUGGACAUAGAGGUAGAGAUUUAUUGAUUGGGCAGCCUUCCAGCAGUGAGGUUGGUGAUCGUGCAGCUUCAUUUGAAUCACGUGGCCCCAGUUCACGCAAGAGGAACUUAGAUGAAGGUGGAAGUACAGGUGACAGACCACACUUACUGCUUCAACAAGCAGACAGUGGAGAGGGUACUGUCAUCGAUCGCGAUGGUGAUGAAGUUGAUGAUGGUGGUCAGUACUCUGCUGGACCUUUAAAACGUGCUCGUGAAUCUGGGGUUGUAGAACCCCAUCGAUCACCUUAUAGAAAAGAUUCUUCUGGUGCUGGUCCCAGUCGGUCAUUCGGCUUCGACAUAGGAAUUGAUGCUUAUAAAGAUGAAUUUGACCAGGGAACUGAACAACUUAUCGGUAAUCCAUCCCGUGUAUCCUCCGUCAUUGCAAUGGACACUAUGUGCCACAGUGCAGAUGAUGAUUCAAUGGAAAGCGUUGAGAACUAUCCUGGCGAUUUUGAUGACAUACAUUUGCCGUCUACAUCAGGAAUCAAAAACACAGAUCCCGCUGAGACAUCAGAGUUGAAUUACAGCAAUCAAGCACAACAGAGUACUUGUCCUGCUGCUGUGAGAAGUACUGGUGAAAUUGGAGUUAGCAGUACAAAUGAAGAAGAAGUUGUAAACACAGAUACUGCAACUGCACAUGGGAGGGAUGGUCCCAGCUUGGGGAUUAGUGGAGGAAGUGUUGGCAUGGGUGCUAGCCAUGAAGCUGAAAUUCAUGGGAUUGAUGCUUCUAUCUACCGAACUGACAGUGUUGUUGGUGAUGUAGAACCUAUUACUGAAAUAACUGAUAACCAAGGCCAAACAGGUGAAUUUGCACCAGAUCCAGGGUUGAUGGGUGAUUUUGUCCCUGAAGAAGUGGAUAGAGAGGAUCCUCAUGGUGACAGUCAAGAUUUGAUGUCUCGGUCCGUAGUUAGGGCAGAUAGUGGGUCGAAAGUUAUGGGUUCAACUAAGGCAGAAUCUGUUGAAAGUGGUGAAAAGACAAGUAAUAUGCGAGCCACCUCCUGCGAGAAUAGUCCCCAUCCUUCACUUUCUUGCAAUGCGAUUUUAUGUUCUGGCAUGGAGCUAUCUAAGGAAGAAGUUACUCAAGCUACCAAGGAUCCAACAACUGAUGACUGUGGUUUUGUUGAUUCAGGCUAUCAAGUUGCAAAUGGGUCAGGGCCUCCCAAUGGUGGAAGCAACUAUGAUGAAGCGGUGGAAUUUGAUCCAAUUAAGUAUCACAAUUACUACUGUCCUUGGGUUAAUGGAAAUGUUGCUGCAGCAGGCUCUAGUAGCAGCAGUGGGUCUGGCUCCAGUCCUAGUGCUCUUGCGCUUUGUGGUUGGCAGCUGACAUUAGAUGCUUUAGAUGCUUUCCAAUUGCAAGGCCAGGUUCCACCAGUGCAACCAGUAGAGUCUGAAUCUGCUGCUUCCAUGUAUAAGGUUAGCAUGGAUAGUCUAGUGUCUUCCAAAUGCUUUCACAUGGGAUCUCGAUUUUGUUUAAACUUUCAUUCUUAUGUUCCUUUCCUACGAUUGCAACUUAUGUGAAAUUUGGUAAAUAUAACACAUAAAGCUAUCUUUUCUUCAUAAGAUCAGAGAUCUAAAUAACCUGUUCCAACUUUUUCGUGAUAAUUUUUAUGAUACUCAAUCUGAUGGAAAUAUUAUUCUGUUUUUUCACAGUCGAAAGGAAGUGGACUUUUGAAAUAUUUUAUCAUCUAAUAACUUCUAUAUAUGUUCAAUUUUAUUAUUUUGUUUUAAAUGAGAGCAUCUUUUACUUUUAAUUUUUCUGUAAGAAAUAAAAUUUUAUUAGAACAAUGGCAGGUAUGCCAAUGGGAUGUGAAAUCCCCAAAAAGUGAAAUCAUUCUAAUUGCAGAUACACCUCUAAUCUCUAGGAGCAUCUAACAUAAGAAAGGCCUAAAUACCUUUGUGAUUUGAGGCCCACCAUACAACUCCAGAUUUGGACAAUGUGGCGUCGAUCAUAUCUGAGAUCUUGUAGUCUCUUUCUGAUGCCUCUUGGACUUUCCUAAUAUGAAUACCUUUACAACUUUGAACUACAAAAAAUGGCUCGACAAUUUUUGCAGGAUGAUCAUCAUACGCCUGGUCCGAAGCUCUUGGCACGGCACUCUUUCAACAAGAGCCGUGGGAAGAGCUAAAUGGACUAUUGUUGGGGAUGUGGCUUCUGGUAAUUUGCUACUAAUCUCGUUCUUCUUCUGUAAAAAAUCAUUAUUAUGGUGACAGGUGAAAUAUUGAUCUCAUGCCCCCUGCUUCUAUAUUUCAUAUUGAUGGUUUUGGUAAGACUGCUGUGGUCCUAAUUCUUGUAUUAUCUUGCAUUUUGCUUAUAUCACAUGGUAACUGCAACAUGUAAUAAAUAUAUAUCUUGAAGCUUUAUCGUGGAGUAGCUUGCAACCAACUCUGAUGUGUCAUGUCUUUUACUGCUUGCAGUUAUUGUUGCCUCACGGUGUACUCAUCGAACCUUGAGCUUAGCAGCGCCCUUUUAAACACACCUUGUCGAUGUUAUUUGUUGCUUUUCACCUCAAAUGGAGUAAACUAAAAUUCCAUGAGCUGUGUCAUAAUUCAAGAUACAAGAGAACCUCUAUCUCGAGUGCCUUCUCCUGUUUAUUUCAGACCUCAGUUUCAAUAAUGCCUUGAGUCAUCAGGCUUGUUUAGUCAUAAUAGUGUGGGAUUAUUGUAUUUUACUGUUUCAGAAUUUUGUUACUGUGGUUCUGGAUUGCCUGUCUUACUGUUUCUCUAUUUAUCUUUGGAUACUCUCA